AAAGUCAAUCAUAUUCUACAUACACCACAAUAUGAGAAUUUAAACUCAUAAUAUUAUAAAAUUUUGAACAAUAAAUGACAACUACUCAUAUGUUUAAUCUUCCUAUCUCAACGACUCCGCAUCACCCACACUUCAAUUCCUCUCUUUUAUCCUCCCGAAACAAUCCUCAAUAAGUCCAAACAUAUUGGCAUGCCGCCUAACCAACCCCUCACUAAUCCCACCCUUCUUCAUCUAAUAACCUUCAUAAUCACCAUUAUAAUCCUUAAUCCAUCCAUUAAAGCCCAACACUCCCCACCUUCAACCCAAAAUUACGGAUCGCCUUUACCCACCAACGCAAUCAUCAUCGUCAUCGUCGUCUGCUCCGUCGGACUAAUCACCUGCUACGUCCGCCAAUUCACCGCUUGCUGCGAUGCCUACCUCUUCAGCGCCACCGAAGACCAAGGCGUAGUCCGUCGGAGGGAGAAUCCUCGUACUGGCGGACUUGACCCUUCUAUCCUCGCUUCUAUUCCGACGUAUUCAUUUUCCGACGUUAAGAAUUUGAUCAAGAAAACGGCGGUUCUAGAAUGCGCCGUUUGCUUAAACGAGUUCGUUGACCAGGAAUUAUUGCGGGUAUUACCUGGAUGUUGCCACGUGUUCCAUCCUCAUUGUGUCGGACGUUGGCUUGCUUCACACGUCACGUGCCCUGUUUGCAGAGCAAAUCUGGAAGUUCAAGUGGAUAAUCGAAAUCAUGAUCAGGUAAUCCAACAGUUAAAUGAGGAUGAAUUAGAACCGUCUGAUCAAAUCACACAGGAUCAUCAUCAACAUGAUGUGAUUGUUGAUAUUGUAGAAGCCCCUGAAAUUACUAUAAAAAGCCCAGAAGUGCAUGUUAGUAAAGUUAUGGGUGAGCGUAGAGGAAAGUUUCCAAGAUCACAUUCAACGGGUCAUUCAUUGGUGGAAAAUAAUGAAAGGUUUACGCUAAGGUUACCGGAUGAGGUACGGAACAAGUUGGUGAAUGUCACUAAUUUGACCGGUUUACCAGCUGCAAUUGUUAGUCCGAAAAUCGGGUACCGGUUCAAGAGGAGGAGUACCAGUCUUACUAUGAUGCCGGGAAAACCGGACCAAUGGCGGUUCACCAUGAGUCCGCCUUUUAUUUCUCGGUCUGGUUCAUCAGAAACGGAGGAAUAUUUAAAUAAUAAUAAUAAUAAUAAUAAUAAUAAUAGUAAUAUAAUGGGUUUGAUUAAAAGUCCAAAGAGUUUAUUAAAAUCAAUGAAGUCACCAAGAAAAUCACCAUUGAACCGGGUUUCUCGGUGUGAUGAUAUAGGGGAAAGAUCAUCGGAUAAAUUAUGGCCAAAUAAUACUAACUCUUAGGAAUGUUGUUAGUCAUUUUGGUGUAUAUUUAUUUGUUUAUUUUGAUUGUGAUUGUUUGGGCGGUUCUUUUGAUGAUUAAUUUAGAGUUUACUGUUUUUUUUAUUUGUACAGUUUUCAAUGUAAAUUUUGAAUUUUAAUAUCUCUAAAUACGCAUCAUAAGAAAUUAUAAGAAAUAUAUAAUUAAAAUAUACAUUAAAACGAAUCUGACGAAAUCUU